AGGGUACAAGCGGUGCACACCGUUGCUAAUUGUAUGGAAGUGCGACUUAAUGCUUGAAACAAAAGUGAAUAAAGAUUACGAAAGGUCUCAGAAAUGAUGUGAUACAACGUAAGUGGAUCGGAUUUACAAAUCAUCAUAUAGCGACCUCGUUUAUGGACUAUUUUCAUCCAGGGGUGAAUGGUCUCACGUUGUACAAUGAACGUUGAAAGACACGAUGACUAGCGCAUGACUUGUAAUUUGACGAAGGCUAUACGGAGUUAAGUUAACAUUUACUAUCUGACCACAAAACGUAGGGCGGAUUGUUCCCUUGUCACAUCAUGUCCGACAGAGACCUUAUCAUCCCCAAGUCUAACGGCCGUUCUCCCCCGGAGGAAGACAAAGGGCGGGAAAACGGAAAGGAUGGGAUAGCAGCAGGCACGUACGGGUCACGUGACUCAUCAGUGAACAUAGACGUGCCGGGCGACAAGAAGAGCAGCAAUAGCAAAGAACCGGAAAGUUCUGAAAAGCCGGCAGAUCCACCCAAGCAAAAGAAAUUUAGAAACAAUCGCUACGCGACCAAGAAGACGGCAGGUCAAGGUUUGAUGGGUGUUUCUCUCAUCACCAGUAACACGUCCCAGCUGAAAACCACACUUGACGACGGUCCAGGAUCGUCGUACUUCGUGCUCUUGAUUACGCUUCUGCUGUUUUCACUACUUCUUCAGGUCAUCGUAGGAAUAUUGCUGAUGAUAAUUGGGGCUAGGGAAUCUAAACUGGAAGGGGACACAGCAAACAAAGGGACCAAAAAGACAGAAAAACUGAAUGACAUUUCCACCCUAUUAAUGUUUUUGAUUACCAUGGUAAAUGCUGCCCUCGCCGCCUUCACGGUUAAUCCUGAGGGUAUGGCGAUGUCUUCGUCAACUGUAUUGACAACGCCCAUUUAUACGACUAACGCCACCACUUUCCCACCAAAUGUGUAAUCAGGCAUCCGCUGAACAAUGCUACACUAAAUCUUGGACCUUUUCUGGCCGAGUCGUCUAAUGGGUUUCCGUACGGACACCAAACUUUGUUAAGUUAUGCCGCGUGGUUAAAUUUAGCUCCUGUCGACUCGGAUUGCAUUGGACAGCAUUGGAUUGGAAAAGAUUUUAUGGGAUGGACUGGAUUGGGGAUGAGAUGGGGUCGGACGGGAAUGAUUGAUUUGGAUCUGAGUGCAUUGGAUUGUUGUUUGAUGUGUUACUCAAGCCAGAUUGAGGUCAGAAGGCUUGUCCUGGAGCAGCCCGAAAAGCAGCGUUGCCUUACACUUGCACAUCGUGGCAUGUGUGAAAUACAUGUAUGUUUGAUUGACAAUGACGUAAAACAUAAAUAAAGUAAUAAUACGACAUUUCCACAGUGGUGAUGAUUAUGAAAGAUAAUACAGUAAGCGUGCAGAAAGUGUUUGCAUGCAUAUGACAGAUAUUGACAAUUUUGUGCAUGUAUAAAUAACUUUUUUCUAAAACCUCCAUAAAAUAUAAGGUAACAAUAAUUUUUUAUGAGCACGGAAUAUUCAAAUCUGAUAAACCUAAGACAAACAAUAAACCAAUAAGAUUUCACAACAUAGGCAAGAAAUAUUCAAACUUGUGAAUACAAGUUUAAGCAGUUUAGAUCCUCUGGUCCUGUUUAUUCAAGAUUUAUGUUAAAAUGACGGGCUUAAAACUUGUAUAUAAACUUAGUUCUGAACAUCUUACCUAAAUAGACACCAAGUUCCUUGUAAUCUG